CGAGUGUCCCCGUCAACAUGUAUGGGAACUGUGGCAGUUUCAUUUCUGGAGGCGAGAAUGAUGAACUGUCAACGCUUUCCCGGUUCUGAAAAGCGUUGUCACAUGGACGAAACACAUCGAGAGCCGCAGUAGGGUCAGGCAGUUUACAGGACACCAUCGUAUUUCCUCUCGGCGAGGUGAAACCAGUCCCUUAGAUUCAUGACAUGCACUGAAUGGGAAUGGAGAAUGUGUUGUUGAUAGGAAGUGGUGGGCGGGAGCAUGCUCUCGCAUGGAAACUGGCCCAGUCUGAAAAAGUCAAGUCAGUUUUUGUUGCCCCAGGCAAUGCUGGAACAGCAAGUGAUGGCAAAAUCAGCAAUGUUGAUGUAAAUGUGAAAGACUUCUCUGCAGUGUGUGCAUGGUGUAAGGAGCACAGUGUGGAGCUUGUGAUAGUAGGUCCUGAGGAUCCAUUGGCUGCAGGAAUUGCAGACACGCUCAAUUCAAAUGGUAUAGCAUGUUUUGGACCAUCAGCAAAAGCAGCUGAGAUUGAGGCCAGCAAGGCUUUUGCCAAAGACUUCAUGACCCGUCAAGGAAUUCCUACAGCUCAGUACAAGACUUUCAACUCUGCAGAUGAGGCUUGUGAAUACAUAAAUAAGGGUGAGCUAGGUGAAGCUGUUGUGGUGAAGGCGAGCGGGCUGGCGGCGGGAAAGGGGGUUGUGGUUGCUGCCUCCAAGAAGGAAGCUUGUGAUGCAGUUAAUACCAUCAUGCAGGCGAGGAAGUAUGGAGAUGCAGGGGAUACUGUAGUGGUUGAGGAGUUCCUCAAGGGGGACGAGGUGUCGGUGUUGGCCUUCACUGAUGGUGAGAAUGUGUGUGUGAUGCCACCGGCACAGGACCACAAGCAGUUGGAGGACGGGGACGGUGGACCCAACACAGGAGGCAUGGGGGCUCUCUGUCCUUACCCCAAGCUUUCAGCAGAAGAUUUGAAGAAAAUAACGACAGACAUUUUGGAGAAAACGGUGAAAGGUCUGAAAAACGAAGAGAGGAAAUAUGUUGGUGUGCUGUAUGCUGGACUGAUGAUCACAGACACUGGCCCCAAGGUUCUCGAGUUCAACUGUAGGUUUGGAGACCCAGAAACACAGUCCAUCCUGCCACUGCUGAGGACUGACCUGCUGGACAUCUGCCGGGCAUGUGUGGAAGGGAAGAUGGGGUCCCUGAGCGUGGAGUUUGACACAGAGAAAUCGGCUGUUGGUGUUGUGGUGGUCAGCGGGGGUUACCCAGGAUCAUACAAGAAGGGGAAGGAGAUCUCAGUUCCUGUUAGGGGCCCUACAUCCUUGAGUGUUCGUGUGGAGAACGGCCUCAGCUACAAAGAAGCUGGUGUUGACAUCGAGGCAGGUGAUGACCUCGUACAGGCCAUCAUGCCACUAGCCAAGUCAACGUCUCGCACAGGAUGCACAUCCAAUAUUGGAAUGUUUGGGGCCACCUUUGACCUGGCUGCUGCAGGUUACAAAGACCCGAUUCUGGUGUCUGGCACUGAUGGAGUAGGGACGAAGCUGAAGAUAGCGGAAAUGGUGGGUGUACACAACAGUAUUGGUAUUGACCUGGUGGCUAUGUGUGUUAAUGACAUUCUCGCCCACGGAGCAGAGCCACUGUUUCUUCUGGACUACUUCGCAACAGGACGUCUGAACGUGGAGGUGGCGCAGAUGGUGGUUGGUGGUAUUGCAGAAGGGUGUCGACAGGCAGGAUGUGCUCUUGUAGGUGGCGAGACGGCAGAGAUGCCAGGCAUGUACACUAAUGGAGAGUAUGAUGUCGCUGGUUUUGCUGUUGGUGCUGUUGAACGAGGUCAGAUGAUGCCUCGAAUACAUGAAGUGGCUGCCGGUGAUGUCAUUGUUGGAAUUGGGUCAUCUGGUAUCCAUAGCAAUGGUUUCAGUCUGGUUCGCAAACUUGUGGAGAGGAAGAAUCUGCGUUUCGACAUGCCUUCCCCUCUCAAGACGGGGAAAACUCUAGGUGAAGACUUGCUGACGCCCACCAAGAUAUAUGUGAAGAGCGUGCUGCCCUUGAUGAGAGAGGGCAAGGUCAAAGCCUUUGCUCACAUCACUGGUGGUGGAUUAACGGAGAAUAUUCCCCGGAUACUUCCUGAUGACCUUGGUGUCACUCUGGAUGCCAAAUCCUGGAACAUACUGCCGAUAUUUGGUUGGCUGUCAGAGAUGGGACGAAUAUCCAGCACAGAGAUGGCUCGUACUUUCAACUGUGGACUUGGGGGAGUCCUCAUUGUGACGGCAUCACAGUCUGCAGAAGUUGUCAGUUUGUUGAGAGCAGCUGGAGAACAGGCCAACAUCAUCGGAUCAGUCCGACAGUAUAAGGUGGGAACGACACGUGUGAGGGUCGAUCACCUGGAGGACAGUCUGGUGCAAUCAUGGAGGAAAGUACCAGGUGUGACGCGGAGACGACGUGUCGGAGUCCUCAUCUCCGGGUCAGGCACAAACCUGCAGGCUUUGCUUGACCACACUCGCGAUGUUACCAACAGCAGCGCUGCAGAGAUCGUUCUUGUCAUCUCUAACAAGGCAGGGGUACAGGGACUUUCCAGGGCAGAGAAGGCAGGCAUCAAGACCAAGGUUAUCAGUCAUAAGGACUAUAAAGGUCGUGAAGAGUUUGAUGAGGCUCUACACCAGGGGCUAACAGCAGCAGGAGUUGAAAUUGUAUGUCUGGCUGGAUUCAUGAGGAUACUCACAGGUGGAUUUGUCAGGAAGUGGACUGGGCGUAUGUUGAAUGUCCACCCCUCCUUGCUGCCCAGCUUCAAGGGGUCAGAUGCACACAAGCAGGUGCUUGCUUCAGGGGUCAGGAUCUCUGGAUGUUCUGUGCACUUUGUGGCUGAGGAGGUUGAUGCUGGAGCUAUCCUUGUCCAGGAAUCGGUGCCUGUGUAUCCUGGUGACACGGAGACGAGUCUGUCAGAAAGGGUGAAGCGGAAAGAGCACAAGGCAUUUCCCCAGGCUCUGGAGAUCGUAGCUACGCAACAAGUCAGCCUCUCAUCUGACGGUAAGCUGGUGUGGAACUGGUAGCGCCGGACCCAGCAAACUCAUCAGUUGACUGCUUGCUUGCUUGCUAUAUUUAAGGUGCUAAGAAACAGCACGAACCCUUUACGAUGCAUAAGUACCAGAUUUUUGUUUGUUAUUAUGAGAUGGCAUUACAAAGGGACGAUGCUGUGUUGAAUAGUUUUGUUGCAAUGAGCUUGUUACUUGUUUUUAUAUUGUUGCACAUCACAUUUUUUUAAUGCUUAAGAAGUUUGUUAUACAUUCAGUGCAGCAUGAUACAUGAUCAGUAUAUAUUUGUGAUAGCUGACUCUGCAAAGACCAAUUAAUGAAAUGAGAUUAUUGAGGCAGAAUGUACAAAGCAGCUCAAGAAUAAAAGAAAUGCACAUA